CCACCCGAUGAUCCAUCCCACCUCUCUUCUUUCUUUCACGAUUUCAAUUCUUCAGCCGCACACACACACACACACACACACACACACACACACACAUGCGUUCGAUUGCAGCGCAGCCUCUCUCACGCGGGCCAUAAAUCCGCCCCUGCUGCUGCUUCGCAGCAGCCGUUGUUGUCAAAAAUGAAGUUUCUCGAUUGGUACUUGAAGAUCGGGGUUGUGUCAGCUUUGCUUGGGGCUUCUAUGGAACUGUUCAUGAUCAAAACUGGCUUCUAUGAUAAAGUAACCGUUUUGGAGUCAGAAAAACGUGCAUGGGAGAAUUCCCCUGAAGCUCAGGCAAUGAGAGAUGCUCUCAACCCUUGGAGACAUAUUGAUGCAGAAGGAACAAAGAAGUCCUGACUUGAUUAUGAAUAAAAUCCGUGAGUGAUCUGUUAAGAUGUUAAAUGAGAAUGUGUUGGAUUUAGGUAUUAGCUAUCAUGGAACUGGUAGUGCCCACCCUACAACUUCAGUUGCUGCAUGUUGUCUGGCAGCCUGCUAAUUAUGUGCAACUCCGGGAUGGAUCACCACAGCCGUCAAUUUUAUUUUGUCCCUUUCUUGCCUUAGAUCUUUGAUUUAUCUCAUUUUUGUAUUGAAUAAAGUUCAGAAUAUUCUUGGCAAUAUGAAUGUCACGUUGUUUUCAAUUAAAGAAAAAAAAACUGCAAAUGGUUCUGAAA